UAAGUUUUUCAGAUCUUCCUGCGACGGUACCAUAAGUAAAUCAUAUGUAAAUGUACGUACGUGUAAUUGUGGUGAGAUCCGCAGUUCGUGGGAGGUUUCUGGAGUUAGGUGAGGGCGAAUGUCGAAUUUUCUUACCGUGGGAUGGAGAUGCGCGUGUCAAAAGACCGCGGGAAAAUGAAUAAUGACGAAGCGGCCAGGAAGUGAAAAAUGAUCGAAGCAAAAUGAGGAGGACGUACAACGCUGCAGCAAAUGUCCGAACGACCGAUUGUCUCGAACAAACAAGACGUUUGCACAAGGGUAUAACAGAUAUUGCCAAGAGGUUAGAUGAACAAAAGAGUCGUGCAUUAACAAUAACAGAUUUAUUUACUCCUUCAGGGGAGACAUUACGGGUGAAGCUUAAAGAUUAUUGUGUAAGGUUAAUAACUAAAGAUCCUGUUGAAUAUGCACGUAAAAUUGAAGAGUUACUGUGGAGAAAAGCAUUUUAUGAUAUUGUUUAUGCAUCUAAAAAAUUACGAAAGGGUAAUGCAUGGAACGAAACAGAGAAAGCAAUGUUAUGUGUCCAUUUGGCAGUAGGAGUUGGUUUUUAUCAUCAUUUAAUAUUGAAACUGCAAUUAGAAUAUGAUUUAGAUCUAGUUGGUACUAUUGAUUUUGUGUUUACACAAAAUGUAACAGGAUUAUUAAAUGCAAAAAGUAAAGCCAAUCAAUUGAAACAUCAUACUGAAGAAGUGAGACAAUGUGUUAUGCGUUUAAUUCAUAGAAGUCUGGUAUGCCUUGGAGAUUUAGCUAGAUAUAAAUUGGAAUUAGAUCCAUAUUGGGAUCCAAUGAUAGCAAAAAGAUAUUAUAAAAUGGCUAUAGCAGUUGAUCCAAAUAUUGGAAUGCCACAUAAUCAAUUGGGCACUAUAGCAGGCAAUAAAAAUUAUGGCCUUGAUGCAGCAUAUCAUUAUAUGAGAUGCAUUUUAUGUUCUGAACCAUUUGAAGGAGCAGAAGGAAAUUUAAAAAGAGCCAUUGUUACACAUUCUGUUUGUACAGAUGAGAAGUAUCUUACACACGUUUGUGUUUCAAGAUUAUUUUCUCUCUUACAAUUAUGGGAGUACGAUGUGCCCAGUUCUGAUCGAAUAAAUCAGGAAUGUCAGGAUCUUUUAACUAGUAUUGAAAAUUGCUUAAGUACAGAACAAUCCGAGCCAAAUGAUAUGAAUACUAAUACCAAUACUAAUGAAAAUGAGAGUAAUAUUGAAAUAUAUCUACAAAACUGUAAAAAUGAGCAAACGAAUUAUUUGACAGAUGAUAUGAUAUUCAAAAUUGUGGCCAUAUGUCUAAUGUCCAUUUCAAGAUUAAAAAGUAAAGAAUCUAGUGAGGUGCAAGGAGUUGUUGCCAUAACUUUAGCAAUACUGUCUCAACUAAUACAGUUUACAAUAACUAGAUUACAAGAAUCUUUUAUAGAUUUGUCGCUACCCAACGUAGAGCUAUCAAAUUCGGCAGAUAAAGACAUCAAAUCAGUAGGUGUGGAAGAGAAAGAUAAUGCUAUAAAACAACUAAACUCAGAUGAAAAUAACGAAUCUAAAAUUAUAAAUGAUAACAAAACAUCUUCCGAAAAGGAAAGUUUAGAAAACAAUGAAGAUAUUCAAAAUGGUUCACGAAAAACUCGAGAUAAAACUAAAAAUUUGCUUACGAAGCUUCGAAGACGAAAACGGAGGGACAGUAGUGAUUCAGAUGCAAGUGACGUUGAUCAUGCAACUAUGGAAUCCUCUAGCGAUGGGAUAAAUUCUGAUGUUUCUGAAACAGAAGACGACAUAUUAAGCGAAGAAAAUGCAUUAUCAGAAGAUGCGUUGUCUGAUGUUACAGAUGAUGAAGAUGCAUCUGCACAAGUAAAUCAAGAAGAUACUGAUAGCUCUGAAACGCGAAAAGUGAAUGGUCAUAUAGAAAUAGAAAGAAAAAGUGAAACACCCGAGAUAAUCACUGCUCAUGUGCAGAACGGUGAUUUACAAAUACCUGAUGAUCAAGUCGAGAAAAAGGUUAAUGAUAACGAUUCUAUAACUAAUUCUGGAAGUACAGAAACUAAUUCCAACAGUCCGUUUGAUGAUAAUAGUGCAUCGUCGAAUAGAUUAACGUACAUUGCUCAAUUAAAGAAACAAAAUUUAAAACCAGAAGAUGUGCUAAAUAUCAUAGCUAGAAAAGAAAUAUUAGCGUCUAUUAAGAUAUGUUGCGAUUGGUUAAGAAGUAAUCCAGAUAUUAUACGAAUAUGUGGAAAAAGUUCACGCACAUUAUUAAAACGUGUUACAAUUUUGUUGAACUUAAUCAAUAUAAAUAUCAAAACAUUAACAAAUUUUAAGGACGACAGCAUGAUUUUAUCGAAUGCAGAUAAAUUGAAAGAAUGCGUUAAGAUAGUUCCGUUACCGGAAGAUAUUGAUUUAAGAGGAUUAAAUCUUCUGGAAGAUGCCCAAAAAUCUUUGAAUUGGAAGAUACUUUACAAGCAUAAAAUGAAUAAGCAAGAAGAAACCCUAUUAAGAGCACUAAAAUUAAUCGAAUUUGGACAUUUUCUUAGCUCCGUCGAUGAUGCAGGAGUAAAAUAUGAAGAAGCAAAACAGUUGUUUGUAACAAUUGAUUUAAAUGCUUCUCAUACAAUUACUAAUGGUAAAGAUUGGGAUAUGGAUCAUUCUCGUGGAAAAUUAAUGAGACACAUGGGAAAAUUAUGGUUGAAAGCGGAAGUCUGUGCUCUAGAGACUCGUUUGAGAUCUAGGCUUAUGUCUCCUUACUUGGUACCUGAUCAUGAGGCUUUAUCUAAGCAUACACCAGCUUUAAAGCGUUUGGUAUACGCUAAGAAGUUUAUUAUUGUAAUUCCUAGUGUCGUUGUUUCUGCAUUGGACGAGGUAAAACGUAUUAGUGGCCGAGCAAGAGAAGCAACACGUUGGUUAGAAGCUCAGUUGAAACGUGGGUCGAGAUUUCUUCGAGCUCAAAGACCUCAUGAGCAUCUAGCAUUACCGUUCAUUAAAGGGCCAAGACCAAAGGAUAAAGAAGCAUGGUUAUUUUUCCAAAUUAUAGAGUGUUGCCAUUAUCUUACUCAACAGACGAAAGUUGGUGUGAUAAACGAUGCAGAAAUACCAGUUGUGACAUUAUUGACUGGUUGUAAUCCAGAUGAAAAGAAAGUCCUUACUUUUAGCCCCGAGGGAUUGGCAAAGAGUGCAGGUGUCAAUAUCGAAUAUAUUGAAUCAUUUCAUACAAAAUGGAAGGCAUCAAGCAAAAGUCACGGUUGAACGUGUUGGAUUAAUAGAGAUGAUCAUCUGUUCCCUACCGAAAUGAAAGGCCCUUCUUAAGAGCUGUCUAUAUAACGACGCUACGGCAUCAGCUGAGCGGGCGAGUCAGAGAGGGCUGGAAACCCAGAAAGGAAAAUCGAUGUUUCUCCUGCAAUAAAAGUGGAUUAAUAUCUAUAUUUUUUUCAUGAAUUCUAAAUAAUAAAAUGGUUUUCUUUUAAUCAGUCGUACUAUCUUUUACGUUAAAAAGAAAUUGUAUUUUUAGGUAAAUAUUUUUCAAUAAAAAUAAACUUGCCUUCGCAAUUUUUCAAUCCUUUAAAAAAAGGGAGGGUAGAAACUGACAACUGACUGAAAUUUUUAUCUUCAAUAAUUUUACUGAAUUAAAAAUAAAUCAUGUCAUUGUAAUGUAAUAUUGAAAUUAUGGUUUUCAAUGAUUCGAUAAUAAUACUAGUAUUCCUUCCUUAGUAAAUAUAUUAAUAAAUAUUAUGAUUUUAAUAACUGUUAAAAAUAUAUAUUUCAUUAAAUUAUUACAUUAUUGUUAUGAGUUUUAGAUUUCAUAACUUCUUGGUGAAAUACAUCAUUCAUCAAUGAUACAAUAUAUUCUUGGAAGAUACUUAACACAUGACACAACAAGCUUGUGUUAGUAUUUUAAAGUUACGGUGGUGGCAACGCAACAUAACCUUUCAACAACGAAUUGUGAUUUAUUUUUACAAACGAUAUAUUUACUAGUAAGAAUCUUAUUCUAUUAUUUACGUAUUUAUAUAGGGAUCGUUUGAUGAGGCGAUUAUUUCCUCGAUAAACUCGAAAAAGAAUCGAGGUGUUCGAGAAAAGUGGUGCGCAAUUGGCCCUCGACGAGGGAGAAUCGAAAGCGUCGAAAGUAACGAGUCAUCUACCGAUUCAAGAUGGCAGAAGGUCAGGAUACUCGAAAGAAAAUUACUGUUAACGUCAAAACGCCAAAAGAAAAACAAAGUGUCGAGAUCGAGGAGGAUGCGAGUAUUAAGGACUUCAAAGAAGCAAUCUCGAAGAAAUUCAAUGCACAGACAGAACAAUUAUGCCUAAUCUUUGCUGGGAAGAUUAUGAAGGAUCAUGAAACUUUGAGCACACAUAAUGUGAAAGAUGGGUUGACAGUGCAUCUGGUUAUCAAGGCACCACGUACUCCCACUAAUCAGAGUCAAGACUCUACUUCUCAAAGAUCACAAGCUGACAUAAACGCCAGUCCUUUCGGAUUAGGAAGUUUAGGAGGACUUGUAGGUUUGGCAUCACUUGGUUCAGGGUCCACUAACUUUAUAGAUUUACAACAACGUAUGCAACGUGAACUAUUGUUAAAUCCAGAGGCGUUGCACCAAGUACUUAAUCAUCCAUUGGUGCAGAGUUUGAUGAAUGAUACAGAAAGUAUGCGUAACUUGGUUGCAGCUAAUCCACAAAUGCGAGAAUUGAUGCAAAGUAACCCAGAAAUUAGUCAUAUGCUGAAUAAUCCUGAAUUGUUGAGACAAACAAUAGAGUUGGCACGUAAUCCAUCAAUGCUUCAAGAAUUAAUGCGUUCCCAUGAUAGAGCUAUAUCUAAUUUAGAAAGCAUUCCUGGCGGUUAUAGCGCGCUUCGUCGCAUGUAUCGUGACAUUCAAGAGCCUAUGUUUGCUGCAGCAGCCAAUGAACAAAAUCCGUUUGCAGCGUUAGUGCAAAAUAAUAGUAGCGAAGAUAGUCAAAAUAAUCCACAACAAGGUCAAGAAAAUAGAGAUCCAUUGCCGAAUCCUUGGUCUCAGAAUCAAAGUGACACUUCAAAUCAACAACAGCAACAGCAGCAACAGCAGCAACAACAACAAGGAAGGGGUCUAUUAAAUUCACCAGGAAUGCAAAGUCUUGCAGCUCAAAUGAUGGAAAAUCCGCAAUUAAUACGAAAUAUGUUAAAUGCUCCAUAUACAAGGUCUAUGUUAGAAGCUUUGGCAGCAGAUCCAGCUAUGGCCAAUAGGAUGAUAUCUGCUAAUCCUUUUCUUCGAGGAAAUCCACAGAUGCAAGAACAGAUGAGAGCCAUGAUGCCUGCGUUUAUUCAGCAAAUGCAAAAUCCUCAAAUUCAAAAUGUUGUCACCAAUCCGGAUGCUUUAGCUGCUAUCAUGCAAAUUCAACAAGGCAUGGAACAGUUACGUACUGUUGCUCCGGAUCUUGUUGAAAACAUGGGUCUGACUGUACCGCCUACGACUACAACACCUAGUGGAGGUACAACAAAUUCACCGACGACGGAAUCAUCAGACACGAACCAACAAGAUGCAUUCUCUCAAUUUAUGGCACGCAUGGUAUCGGCAAUGGCGCUAAAUCAAGGCGUAGAAGUGGAUGGCCAACCUGUUCCCCCACCGGAAGAACGUUACAGAGCUCAAUUAGAACAACUUACGGCUAUGGGUUUUGUUAAUAGAGAGGCUAAUUUACAAGGUAAAAAUAUUUUCUUUUCAAUUUUUUGCUGUUCUUUGAGUUAAGAACUACUAAUCAAUCAAUUGUACUUAUGUAUAGUUUAUGGUUUUUCAUGAAUCAUAUCUCACUUGUAUUUACGUAUGUAUUUACGUAUGUAUUUACGUAUGUAUUUCAAUAGACUUCAGUAAAGAGAUUUGAUCUUUAAUUGAUUAAUUAGUUUGUAUUAACAUUCUAUGCUUAGUGAAAGAUAAACAUUUUUACAGAAAUUCUAAUCUACAAAAAAAACUAUGUUAGAAUAUUUAAACAAAGAAAAGUAGUAGUACAUUGGAAUUUAUUUUAAUUUUACUUUAUUUUUACUAAUUAAAACAGGCUAAUAAUUCAUGUGACACAAAAUGCAUUGUAAAAGUAUAAAAAAAAAUAUAGCGUAAUAUGUAAUAUAUAUUAUUUUCAGCACUAAUCGCCACAUUUGGAGAUAUAAACGCUGCUGUUGAACGACUACUAUCUGACGGACAAGUGUCUAUGAGCUAA